UACUGUAUAUAAUUAGUUCUAAAAUAUUUUUAUAUAAAUACUGCAACAAUAUUUUUUUACCAUUGCUCUGAGUUACGUAUAAGUAAUUUUGAAAAUGAAGUUUUUGAUUCUCUGUAUUGUUUUGAGCGUCUUUGUGACUUUGGUAUAUUCACAGACAGAACUGAAUUGUCCUAAAAACUCACAUCAAGGAUGUGUCCCAUGCUGUCCUGAUCCAACCUGUAGUAACAGGAAACCGGGAUGUCCUGACAUAAUAUGCACAGAGGAAUGCAAACCCAAAUGCAGAUGUGAUGAUGGUUAUAUCUACAAUGAUAUUGGUAUUGUUAAUGGUUGCAUUAAACCUAAAAAUUGUCCUAAAAGUUAAUUGCGACAAACUGAUUUCAGGUAUUUUUGUGUGAAACAAGUUUUAUUGUGUGUUUGUUAAAAAGUUUAUAAAAAUAUGUUAUAAAAUAAAUCAUGUUGCUGACAGAAGAAUUUUUUUCUAUUGUUUUGAUUACGUAUUUUUGUAGUGAAUAAAAUAUUGUACAAGUUGUAAACGAAAUAAAGUUUUUUAUAUUCAA